AUGGGCUUACUAUUAGCCGUGAAUGCGGGUAGCCACCAUGAACCGCGAGUAGUAAUUAUGAGAUAUAAAGGAAAUCCAAAAAGUAAAGAAAUUUUAGGAUUGGUAGGCAAAGGAAUUACUUUUGAUAGCGGUGGUUAUGAUUUAAAGUCUUCUCAGUAUUUACAAUGCAUGAAAUUUGAUAUGUCAGGAGCAGCCGCGGUUUGUGCCUCUGUUUGGUCUUUGGCACAACAAAAAUCCAAAAUAAAUGUAGUAGCGAUUGCUUGCUUAACCGAAAAUGCCAUCGGGGGACACGCUACUCUUACGGAGUCUGUGAUAAAAUCAAUGAAUGGCAAAACAGUGGAAAUCAACAAUACUGAUGCCGAAGGUCGUUUAGUGCUUGCUGAUGGGAUUACUUAUGCUAUUCGUAAAGAAAAAGCCACCAGAAUCCUUACAGUGGCAACCUUGACCGGGGCAGUAGUAGCGGCUUUGGGGGAAAAUUUAACGGGCGUUUUAACCAAUAACCGAAAAUUUUACCGAGAAUUGCGACAAGCUUUUGCUAAAUCGCACGAAAGAUACUGA